GAGUAGGUUGUUCCUUUUACUAUUAUAAUAAGCCUUAACCAAUACCUGUCAAAUGUCAAUGAGAGUUGUAUAUGUCUUAGCCCUUAGGAAACUUAUUUGGUGUAGUGGCAUUUGAAUCAUUUCUAUCUGUCAGUAUUUUAUCUCAUAUUCAUUCACUGUCUAAAGAAUCUAUAUGGAAGAUACAUUUCCCAAGAUGGAAACCAUUACUCAAAAGAAAUUGCCAACUUGUUUGCAACAAAUGGAAACAACAACAGGAUCCAAGUAUUUGGAAGAUACAAUUAUAAGAAGAGCCUCUUACUCUCUCACUUCUUCUCAGCAUCAUGUUCAUGUUUUCAAAACUGAACUAAACUCAUCAACACAAAAACCUUUUUUGUUUACUUCAAAUUCCACUUCAAUGAAAGAAGAAGUACCUUUAUACACUUUGGUUAAUCAAAUUCCUCCAAAGUUCAAUGGUCAUCAUCAUGAAGACAUUUAUAGAUUCAAUUCUAUCUCCAAUUCAAAUUUCUUAGCCUCAAAUAUAAAACACACCUUUGUUCCUCUAAAUCUUUUGGAAACUCUUCCAACAUCAACCAUAACACAAAAUUCUAAUCAACCAACAACUCCUUUACCUUCUUCUUCUUCAUCUUCAUCAUCAUCAUCUUCAUCUGCUACACCGAAAUAUCCAAACUUAACUUUGUUUUUGAACCAACCAUCCAUGCUAUACUCAUCAAAUUCAACCUCACAUAUCAAAAGCAAUGAAUUCACAUCAACAAAUUCACACCAAACAUACCCUAUUUCCCAAUUAGGCCUAACACAACAACAUCAAACUUAUGAUGAUUCACACAAAAUGAACAAGUCUUUCAAUGAAAACUGGUUGAGUGUCACAAAGACUCAACCUAUGAAGUAUAGUGGAAGAGGAAAGUUGUUCAAAGGUGUGAGGCAGAGACAUUGGGGCAAAUGGGUUGCUGAAAUUAGGUUACCAAGAAACAGAACUAGGGUUUGGUUAGGGACAUUUGACACAGCUGAAGAUGCUGCAAUUGCAUAUGAUACAGCAGCAUAUAUACUAAGAGGUGAAUGUGCUCAGUUAAAUUUUCCAAAUCUGAAACAUGUGAUUCAUGCAAAUUCAUUGAAUGGUACAACUGCUUCACUUGUUGAGGCAAAAUUGCAAGCUAUAUCACAAGGUGUUAGUUCUAAUAGAAAGUCAACUGUUUCAACAGAAAAGUCAAACAAUGUUCAUAGUGUUGAAAAUGAUAAGGAUUCAACCAUGAUGAAGGAGUUGAAGUUUGGUACACAGGGGAAUAAGGUUGGAGAUGAAACAAAUCAGAGAAACAAAAGUAUACAGAAUGAAAUGUCUGAUAUGGAAGCUGUUCAGUUAAGUAGAAUGUCAUCUUUAGAUAUGGAUAUUAUUUGGAAUGAACUUCUUGUUUCUGAUUCAUAACCAAUUUGUUACUUUGAAUUUUGAAAGCAUAUACUACUACAUAGCUUUUGUUUCUUUCAUUUUGGAUCACAGCUUUGUUUAGCUCAACAGUUCAUUUUUUAUGUUAUAGUACAAACUAUUUAUCACUGUUUAAUGGUAACUAUAUGUUUGACA